AAUAUUUUGCUGUCAAUUUCAUUGUAACAAUUCGUUGUAACUUUGUAAAGGAAAAAGGAAUGUUAAAAAUUAUUUAAUCCUCCGAAAACGGCGAGGAAAAAAAGUAAUUCCAAAUACGAUCCUGUGGUUGGGCUGUUCAGGUGAAAUAUAUUCAAAAAUAGUUCCUCGCUAUUCUGGGAUAGUGAAACACGCUUGGAUUGAAGCGCAGCAAAUAAAACCAGAAACAAAAAUAAAAAUGGCUCGCUCCAUCAGUCCUGGAGGCUACUCAAAUUACGAAGACGAUUCGCUGUUUCAAAGUGCAGCCUACACACACGACUUGAACGAACAAAUGAGAGUUCCAAAGCGUAUUCGGGCUACCGGAGAUUACUUCGAUGAUCAUGAGCUGCUGUCCAACGGGAAUGGAGCCAUCAAUUCCUGGAACUAUCACGAUAAAAUCGAGAUGAAUGUUCCGGAUCGGAUUGUGGUACUUGGUCAAGAUCAGCAUCUAGUUCUUACGUCAGGCACCAAGUCGGCUCCCCGUGAGAUUAUGCUGGAAAACUCCAUCCUUCCCAAGGACCCAAGCUUCGUUCGUGUCUCGACUCCUCCACGGGUUAUCUCACUGGCGCAACAUCAUUUCCCAUCCGCAUCGGACGAACCGGAGGAGGAAAAUGAACCAAACGAACACGACGAUUAUGAGCCCCGUUCGUUGGAUUCGACCGAGGACAUGACUAACGGUAACCGCGUAGGCGAUCGUUCACGUUCGGGACAGAGAAACAGAAUGCUUGCCAACGGGGGAGGGGAACUGCAGAAAAGGGCUACUUUUGCCAAGCAUAAUUCUGAACUGGUCGUCAGUAGAAGCUUCCGCGAGGAGACGCCCACAUUUGGUGGAAGUGUGGAAAAUCUGACGCCGUCUGAAGAGAUGACUAAUUUGCGUCGGCAGGUGGCUAAAAUGAAUCGGCGGCUUUUGGCCAUCGAGCUGGACAAUGUGCAGCGGCAACAUCGGGAAAAGAUAAUUUACUGCGUAGGAUUAGCUUAUUUGCUGCUGAAGACAUUCAUGUGGCUUAGUCGGAAAUAAUUCAAAUGUUUCAGAAAAAAAGAAAAUGCCUGCGUUGCAUUGUCAGCUAAAAUAUAGUAGAAAUUCUGUAAGACAAACCCUUCAUACAAAAGUAACUGUAGUGGUAGCACAGCUCACAUGUUAAUGAACUUUCGUUGCAGCACUAAGAUAAGAAAUGCAAGCAGGACGCGAAUUGGUGCAUUGGUAAAUAAUCAGAAGUUUUGCUUAUUUUUGCUUUUUUAAACUAAUCAUUUCGAUUAAGUUUGUGCUUCAUCCAAUCAAUUGUCAUUUUUCUAUUCGGUUUUUAGUUUUCUGUUUCAAGUUUAGCGAUAGAAUUUUUUUUUAUUGUAGUAGGAGCACGCCAGCAAAAUUAUUUUCACAACUCAAAAGCGACUUUUAUUAGAACUGGGUAGGAUUCAUGAGUAGAAAGAUAAGUUCUACUUUAAAAGCAGAAUAAUGAAAAUAUGGUAUAUUAUUAAUAUAGUAUUGAAACAUCGGUAAUUGGUCUUCUCGAAAUAGUAUUUGAAAUUGAACCAAACCGCAAAUAAUUUCCCGCCAUGUUUAAACUGUGUAAUGCAACAAUACAAAGAAUAAAGUUUACCUUUAAAACUGAAGACAUUGCUUGGGUCAAA